CAUACAUACAUACAGUACCUAUAUACAUGUAGUUUUCGUCUUUUACUCAGAAAGCAUAAACAUUUUGUGUUUACUCUUAACAGAAAAAGUACACUUUAGUUUUUGUUUAUCAAUCUGAAAAGAAUAUGAAGUGUGUAAGCCACUGUAAACUACACACUUACACAAGCAUAACUAUCCAUAUAAAGUUUGCAACCAGGUAGACAGGGGAGAGGAGGGAGCUCUUCUACCUUUGUAAAAUUGAGGAAUAUUGCAUCACAGUAUAACAAGAAUGAAGUUCUGUUUUACAGACAAUGUUUAGUUACAGAAAUAAUUCCCCAAGUGAAACAAACUAUCACUUUCUUUCAGGUUUUACGCAGAAGCACAAGCGAAUGUGUGUCCAAAUCCUCUGAAUAAUUUUCUUAAUCGGCUCUUCUCUGUUAGCAUGAGAGAAAAACAGGAAAGGAAAGGGAGGGGAAGGAGAUUUUCGACUCAAAACCUAUGAAUUACACUAUGCUCUUUAAGCUCUGAUAAGCUACUAAGAGCUUAUCUGGUUCUUUUCACUACAACCAUUUGUUAACAUAGCCUAACUACAACUUUUUGGGAAAAAUUCCAAUCGCGGAAUUCCCUAAAUUCUCUUUAGACCCACGCACAGUUAAUCAAGUGUUGUGCGAUAAGAUUGACUGCCUUCUUCUUGUUUCUUUUACAAGGAAUACACAAUCUCACAAUGUUAUAGCAUGCGUUUUGACAAUAUUUGCUGCUCAAAAUCCAUCCAAAAUGUAAAUAAGAAACCAACACUUUUUCUCCCUUGCCUUUAAAAAUCUGAUUCUCAAUCUGCCAUGGUUAAUUAAAUGCUUGAAUGCAAUGCACUUCACCUUUCAAAUGAAUUCUGCAAAUCUAAUACUGGAUCUUUGUUGGAAACAGGAGUGCCUCUUGUGUUUACUUCAAGUUUCAGCAAAUAUUGCCAUUUUCAAGAUGUGCAUAUCAGCUCUUAAGAGUUAUAACGCUGAAGUGUUUCUAUAACAUUUCCAACAUUGUUGAACAACACAAAGCAAAUAAGAACAAUCCAUGGCCAGCCUUCCGACACAAUGAAAGACCGCUUGAAAGAGUUACUGGAGAGAACUCAGAAUUCUCCUGAUUCAGGAAGCAUAAGUUUUAACCCUCUGUCCGAGGAGGAAGAUGGCACUGACAAGUCUGUGGUCGUCGGGGUCAUAACACCUGAGGCCGUGAUAUUUGAGGAGGAGCCAGUCAUUGACAACUUUCUAUCGGAAGUUCAGCAAAUCCGAAAUGAUAUUGUUGCACUGGAAAUCGAGGUCCUUAAAUUCGGCCAACAACAAAAGAUGUUGGUUGCAACUAUGCGCCGUUUCAGUAUAAUGAAAAAAGAGAGCAGCAUAACGAGGGACAUCAAGCUCCAAGCUGAGAGCCUCCACCGACGUCUGGACAAGCUUUCCAAACAGGUGCAAAAAACAGAAGAGCAGCACGGUCCUACUGCUGUUACAACAAGAAUACAACGCUCUCAGCAUACAUCAGUCUACCUCAAAUUCCAGCAGGUAAUGCGGCAGUAUAAUGAAGGACUGUUGACCAAGCAGGAGCGCUGCAAGCACUUCAUUAUCCGGCAGCUAGAAGUCUCGGGAAAGGAUGUGACGGAAGAGGAGGUGAAUGAGAUGGUUGCCACGGGAAAAUGGGAAGUUUUCAAUGAAAACCUGCUAAAUGAUGUCAAAAUCACUCGGUCCCAAUUGUCAGAGAUUGAACAGAGGCACAAGGAACUCUUGAGCCUUGAAAGCAACAUGAUGGAGAUGAAGGACCUCUUCAUGGAUAUUUUUAUGUUGGUGGAGGAACAAGGGACCCACAUUGAGCACAUCCAGACCAAUGUGGAACGGACCCAGGACUAUGUGGCAGCUUCUAAUGAGAAGUUCAAGUUGGCCGCCAGGUACAAAAAAAAGAACCCCCUUCGUCGACUCUGCUGCUGUUGUUGCCCUCCCUGGAAAUGCUGCUUUUAAAGUUCGGCGAAUUGGAAUCUAGAGGCUGGUAUUUAAAGUGUCUCCCUUACCUGUUGGAAGUAAACAACAUUGGAAUCGAGUGCCAUUAAAGUGAAGGUUAUGGUACCGCAAUUCUUGCUGUUGAACACGGCAACGGCGAAGACAGAUUCAGCAGAGCAUAGAAAACAAUUAAGGGGGAGGCCAGGAAUUGAUAUUUGAAGCACUUAUUUCUUUGAAGAGAGUGUGAAGUGACUGCUAUUGGAAGAGACAGUUCACUGAGUGCUCUUCACCAACAUGACUGUGUAUUGGAGACCUUCACUGUCAUCUGAGAGAGGUCAUAAACAAGACUUCUACCUCUGCAACUGUCAUUGCUUCAACACACAUUCCAUUCGCCAUUGUUUGAAAGUUUUUUUCGAACACGCGUUUUUUUUUUUUUUUUUGUGACAAAGCACUUUGCUAAAGCUCAAAUUUGAUAUUGUUAGGAUUAGGAAUUAAUUUUUUUUGUCCAUCAUAAAUCAACAGAAUUAGCUUUUGUGCAAUGGAUUGAACAUUUCAGUCCAGUGGAACCCGACAAAAAGGGUCAGCUUAUUUUUACAUUUGACUUAAAAAUGUUUAAAUGUUAUUUAUUUGCACAAUUUAUAGAUAGUGUAUGAUUUAAGAUUGUUGCCGUUGGAACCUUGCAUGGCUUUCUGUAUUUUUUUCGGAAUAUAAGGCACACUUAAAAUCAGAUUUUUCCCCAAAAUUGUCAGUGGAAUUCUGGUUGUGUUCAAUGACCUUGAACCUAAUUUGUACGAUCUUACAUGAUUAUACGGCUCCAAUUAUGUGCUCAAGACACACAUUCAUCAAACCCAGAAUUCAAAUAAUAAAUACAUAAAGGACAACAGAUAAAGAACAAAUGACAAAUGGAACUUGUAAUAUGGUGCACUUCAUGUAUGAAAAUAAACAUGUUCUUUGACGGUGAACUUUAUAGGCUGGUACGCUUUGUCUUAAUAUUCCGAAAAAUAUGGUAAUUUGAUUUAGAUUAUGCUAUAGGGAAAAAGACAAAAAAUAGCAUGGAUUCAAAUUUACCAUAUAUUGACCAACGUAAUUAAAAGUUGGGCUGCUCUUUAAGUGUAUCUUCAUCCGGAUGCCAAAACUAAAUAAAAACAGAUUAAAAAAAAAAAAAAAAAAAAAAAAAACAAGCAAGACGCAUACUGAAUUUCUAUAUGUAUAUGUAUAAAAUAAUUUAUGGCAAAUAUUUAUAAAUUGACUCUUAACAAUGGAUAGAUACACCCCUCUCAUGGUAAACCAAACAAAAAUGAGCAAUACCCUGAGUCUAGUGUUUCAGAUAACUUGGGUGUGGCAAUGAGAGACGGGAAAAACAGGAUUUUCAACGAUUACGAAAUCAAAUGUGUUUUGUGUUCCCACGAGACCAUCUGUGCAAAUAGAACCGUUAACUCGGGGUAAAGAUGUGCACUUGAAAAUAAAAAAAAUACAUAAAACAUGGCGCUUUUUUUUUUUGUUUUAAACAUAUUUCAAUUUAAGCUUGAAAAGCAUAAAUGUUAGGGCAGACUGGCAGGAUUGACAUUUAAAACGACACUUUGACAUUUCUACCAGAUAUUGGCCAUUCACAUGACAUCUAAUAAACACUACCUAUCAAUGUUUUUUGUGUGGGUGGGGGUGGUCUUGUAAUUUACAAUCAUCCCCUGGGUCUAGUAGAGGAAACAGGUGGGAUUUCUGUGAGAUGUUUACUGGCAUUUCAGCACCGUCAUAAAACGGUGUGUUUUUCCUGAGCCUUCCACUGAUUGCAGUGACAUUUUGAAAGAAAAAAAAAAACAUGAAUGUCCCAAGUAUGUAAGGCGUAAAAUAGAAAGGAAAUGACAUUAUAUUAUUAUGCCGCCUACCAUGGUAUGCUGCAUGACCUCACAGGGAAAGCAGGAUUUAGAGCAGCAACAAUGCCAUCCAGUGUUCACUUACAUAAUUACCAGUUGAAUGUAUUCAUUGGCUCGCCUGUUUAAAUGCAGACAACGGUUUGAUUUGUGUACUUACUACUUUAAACCACUUGGAUUGGGAACAACCACUUUAGUUGGAAUUCAGAAUGUCAGUCUUAUUUAUUAAAACUAGUUAUUAAGUUUUAUAGCUGGAAAUAAAUUUGAAACUAUGUAUGGAACAAUUGUUAUUGUAUGACUAUGAGAACCCAAAAGCCAUCAGUCAGUUUCAUCCACACAGAAACACAAUUGUCUUCCCACCACUUGCCACUUUAACAUCCACUAGUCUCAAUUUUAUUAUUUUACCACCGAGACACUGAGAUGACAUUAGUGCCUGUUUUACAUCCAUUAGAAUCAAACUAAAUGAUUGAAAAUGUUUGUAUCAUAUAGUGCCCAUUGUUUUCUAUUAGUUUUUACCCUAUUCUUAUGAGAAGUUCCCAGUAUUUAUGCUAAAUACAUGACGACUGUGAAGGUGUUGUUCAAAAAAUCAUUAACUUUCAUACAGUUACUCUCACAACAAAACCUGGUGGCAGCAAACAUAGCACUUCUGAAAAUACCUUGCUAAUUUGCUCUGCUCGUUGGCGGCCAAACCCAUUACAACUGUUCAAAUGUCUAUAUGUCAGUUAAGUUCAAAAUUAUUCAACCCCCCACUACAGUAUCCUGUUAUAGUCUGACGUUUAGGUUUUAUCCUAUUCAUAAUCACAUCAAAUUAAGACGGUUAAAUAUGACAACUACAUUUGUCUAUUUUACGUUGAAAUACAUUGAUAACAAAGAGAAAAAAAAAGAAAUGUCUGACUUGUUAAGACACAAUAAAUGAAUAUGAAUCAUGUUUUAUUUUAACACCCCACGCCCCCCCCCCCCACACAC